UUGCAAUCCAUCAUGUCAGAAAAGAAAGGAGGCUAUUACGACAGUAGUGCAGGGGACACGAACUUCCGCCGAAAAUGGGACCGUGCGGAAUACGAGCAGCGGGCAAAAGAUAGAGAACGUGGGAUUCUGGACAAGGACGAUCAGCGGAAGCGCAAAGGUGGGAAGCCAAAGGAGUCUGACGAGCCGCCUUCGUCAGAGCGAGAACUUUUGAAAGCCCGCGAGGAGGCCAUAGAUCUGACGUCCAACUUGAACAAAACGGUUGUUGUGCAGGCAUCGAACAUCGCCUCAAGACAACCCGGUUAUUACUGCGAAGUAUGCGACUGUGUAGUCAAAGACAGUGUGAACUAUCUGGAUCAUAUCAAUGGGAGAAGCCAUCAGCGAAAUAUGGGGAUGUCGAUGCGAGUGGAACGUAGCACCGUCGAUCAAGUGCGCGCCCGAUUAGAAGCACUCAAACGCAAAGUAAAUGAACCCGAGCUUGACUUUGAUGCAAGAAUAGAGCGGGCUCAGAAGGAAGACGAAGAAGAAAAGCGAGCAAGAAAAAGGGAAAAGAAGGAAAGGAAAAAGAAACGAAAGGAAGAAGCGCCGCCAGAGGUGGCCGCAACGGACGAUAUAGAUAUUGCGAGCAUGAUGGGAUUUGGUGGAUUCGGCACAUCAAAAAAGUAAAAGUUUGAAGAAGGAUAUGCAAUGGAGACGAGAGCCGUUCGCGGUGUACAUUGAAAUUUAGGAUGUUUACAAUACAUAGGCUCACGAGGCUGGCGCAAUUUGCUACUUCAAUGCUUCAUAUUAGAUACAAAAUUUAAUACAAGGCGUGUCUCUCUACGCUGUCUUUCCAU